UCAUUUACAAACCAAAUUAUCUCCUACUCUCACUCUCACUCUCACUCUCACUCUUCCCCGAUCGAGCAUCUCUCAAAGCUCGAUCGCCGAAAACCUCACCGUUGACACUGCAUCAACAACGCCUGUUGCCGAUUUCUUAACGCGAAACAAAAAAUGAGAGAAAUCCUUCACGUUCAGGGAGGACAAUGUGGUAACCAAAUUGGAUCGAAGUUUUGGGAGGUGGUUUGCGAUGAGCAUGGAAUUGAUCCCACUGGAAAAUACGUUGGAACCUCUGACCUUCAAUUGGAGCGUGUCAAUGUUUACUACAAUGAAGCUUCGUGUGGGAGAUUUGUCCCUCGUGCUGUGCUUAUGGAUCUUGAGCCUGGUACCAUGGACAGUGUGAGGACCGGUCCCUAUGGCCAGAUCUUCAGGCCUGAUAACUUUGUGUUUGGGCAGUCUGGUGCUGGAAAUAACUGGGCUAAGGGGCAUUACACUGAGGGUGCAGAGUUGAUUGACUCGGUUCUUGAUGUUGUGAGGAAGGAGGCGGAGAAUUGUGAUUGUCUGCAAGGUUUCCAAGUUUGCCACUCGCUCGGUGGAGGAACUGGUUCCGGGAUGGGGACUCUGCUGAUUUCUAAGAUCAGAGAGGAAUACCCUGAUAGAAUGAUGCUUACGUUCUCUGUGUUCCCAUCCCCCAAGGUUUCAGAUACUGUUGUUGAGCCUUACAAUGCUACCCUUUCAGUUCAUCAGUUAGUUGAGAAUGCUGAUGAAUGUAUGGUGCUAGAUAACGAGGCCUUGUAUGAUAUCUGCUUCAGGACUCUCAAGUUAACAACUCCUAGCUUUGGCGACCUGAACCACCUGAUCUCUGCAACAAUGAGCGGUGUCACCUGCUGCCUCAGGUUCCCUGGUCAGCUCAACUCUGAUCUUAGGAAGCUUGCAGUGAACCUCAUCCCCUUCCCCCGUCUGCACUUUUUCAUGGUUGGAUUUGCUCCUCUGACCUCACGUGGUUCUCAGCAGUACAGGGCACUGACUGUCCCAGAACUCACCCAGCAGAUGUGGGAUGCCAAGAACAUGAUGUGCGCCGCUGACCCACGCCACGGUCGCUACCUGACUGCCUCCGCUAUGUUCCGGGGUAAGAUGAGCACUAAGGAAGUUGAUGAACAAAUGAUCAAUGUCCAGAACAAGAAUUCAUCCUACUUUGUUGAGUGGAUCCCCAACAAUGUGAAGUCUAGUGUGUGUGAUAUUCCUCCGAGAGGACUUGCUAUGGCAUCCACCUUCAUUGGAAACUCAACCUCCAUCCAGGAGAUGUUCAGGCGUGUAAGUGAGCAAUUCACAGCUAUGUUCAGGAGGAAGGCUUUCUUGCACUGGUACACUGGAGAAGGCAUGGAUGAAAUGGAAUUCACUGAAGCUGAGAGCAACAUGAAUGACCUUGUUUCUGAAUAUCAGCAGUACCAGGAUGCAACAGCUGAUGAAGAAGUUGAUUAUGAGGACGAGGAGGAAGAAGAUGCUGCCGGGAUGUAAUUAUUUGUGCAAAGUCUAUCUGCUACUUGCUUUUACAGCGUAUUCUGCAUGAAUAUGUUUUACUGCUUUGAAAUGUGCGUGGUGAAUCUCACUGUCUGGGCGGUUUGAAUAGUAAUUAGAGUUGGUAAUUUUUUGUUCAGUAGCUAAAUAUUAAGCCAUGUGGCUGAUGUGAGAAGUUUUGUAUUGGUGUUCAUGUUUGAAUUCUAGCUCCAUUGCUAUUUCUAUUCCUAUAAUCAAUCAUUUAAA